AUGGAAGACGGAAAGAACGCCAAUCCGCUUGUCCUCAACCCUUCCGAUUUACCCACCCGGAAGCGGCGGGCAACAGCACGAGAUGAUCGUGCCCACGGCGAGUCAAGCUUUGUCUAUCCAGCACCGUCUUUCGCCAACGAUCCUUUCACGCGCACGGCGAGUCCCUUGUUAUCCGAGGAGAGUGAUAGUGAUGUAGAUGAAGAGCCCAUCGACGCCCAGGAAAUCUAUGACCUGAUUGCCACCAUGUCCGACCCUGAGCACCCCAUCACCCUUGGCUCGUUGGCUGUUGUCUCGCUACCCGACAUAUCCAUCAUGCCCACAAUCCCGAACCGUCCGAGCUCGAACCUUCAAACUGUUACUGUGUUAAUCACACCCACUAUCCAACACUGCAGCUUGGCCACCGUCAUCGGCCUGGGAGUCCGCGUUCGGCUGGAGGAGUCCCUGCCGCCUAGGUUUAGAGUUGAUGUCAGGAUUAAAGAGGGGACACAUUCAACAGCAGACGAGGUCAACAAGCAGCUAGCCGACAAGGAACGGGUGGCCGCAGCACUAUGGAACCCGACCCUGCAAAGCUUUAUCAAGAAAAUGCUAGAGACUUGUGAGUGA